ACCCUCGAGCACGGCGGAAGGAGGGCGCCCCACUGCGGCACAGCCACGUCCACGAAGCCCCUCCCGGGGUUCUAGAAAGCGGAGGCCUCCGAAGGAAAGACCGAGGUGCAGAGAGAUGUCUAGAAGGUGCCAGAAGGUGACUGUCCAGCCCUGGUAUCACUGCCUGGUGAUUUCGUUUCUUUGAUCUUCACGAAUGGCCUCACUGGCUGUGAUUUGGACAGAAAUCAGCUGCCACGUGCAACAUUCUCCCAUGUGUCAGCAGUACCUAUCUCAGGGCACAAUUCCUUCCUGCCCCACAGCCCUCUCCUGGGACUUGCCUUAGGAGGAGGAGACUCUGUCCUUCAUCCGAGACAGCUUGGAGAAGAGCGACCAGCUCACUAAGAACAUGGUAUCUAUCUUAUCAUCCUUUGAGAGCCGCCUUAUGAAGCUGGAGAACUCCAUCAUCCCUGUGCACAAGCAGACGGAGAAUCUGCAGCGGCUGCAGGAGAAUGUUGAGAAGACGCUGUCCUGCCUGGACCAUGUCAUCAGCUACUACCAUGUGGCCAGUGACACUGAGAAGAUCAUCAAAGAGGGCCCCACAGGUAGGCUGGAAGAGUACCUAGGAAGCAUGGCCAAGAUUCAGAAGGCAGUGGAGUAUUUCCAGGACAACAGCCCAGACAGCCCAGAACUCAACAAAGUGAAACUGCUCUUUGAGCGCGGGAAGGAGGCCCUGGAGUCCGAAUUCCGCAGCCUGAUGACGCGGCACAGUAAGGUCGUCUCGCCUGUGCUCAUCUUGGAUCUGGUCAGUGGUGACGAUGAUCUGGAGGCCCAGGAGGACGUGGCCCUGGAGCACCUGCCCGAGAGCGUGCUCCAGGAUGUCAUUCGCAUCUCCCGCUGGCUGGUGGAAUAUGGCCGCAACCAAGAUUUCAUGAACGUCUACUACCAGAUACGCUCCAGCCAGCUGGACCGCUCCAUCAAAGGCCUGAAGGAGCAUUUCCAUAAGAGCAGCUCUUCCUCUGGGGUUCCCUACUCCCCUGCUAUCCCCAACAAGAGGAAAGACACACCUACCAAGAAGCCAGUCAAGCGGCCAGGGACGAUCCGUAAGGCUCAGAACCUUCUGAAACAGUAUUCCCAGCAUGGUCUAGAUGGGAAAAAGGGGGGCUCUAACCUCAUUCCUCUGGAAGGUCACGAGCAUGAUUUCCGAGUUAAGCACCUGUCCGAGGCCUUGAACGACAAGCACGGGCCGCUGGCCGGGAGAGAUGACAUGCUGGACGUGGAGACCGAUGCCUACAUCCACUGCGUCAGUGCCUUCGUCAAGCUGGCGCAGAGCGAGUACCAGCUGCUGGCCGACAUCAUCCCCGAGCACCACCAGAAGAAGACCUUCGACUCCCUGAUACAGGAUGCCCUAGAUGGGCUGAUGCUCGAAGGGGAGAACAUCGUGUCCGCUGCCCGGAAGGCCAUCGUGCGACACGACUUCUCCACGGUGCUCACCGUCUUCCCCAUCCUGCGGCACCUCAAGCAGACCAAGCCUGAGUUUGACCAGGUGCUCCAGGGCACGGCCGCCAGCACCAAGAACAAGCUGCCUGGCCUCAUCACCUCCAUGGAGACCAUCGGUGCCAAAGCGCUGGAGGACUUUGCGGACAACAUCAAGAAUGACCCAGACAAGGAGUACAACAUGCCGAAGGAUGGCACCGUGCACGAGCUCACCAGCAAUGCCAUCCUCUUCCUGCAGCAGCUUUUGGACUUCCAGGAGACGGCAGGUGCCAUGCUGGCCUCCCAAGUUCUUGGGGACACAUACAAUAUUCCUUUAGACCCCCGAGAGACCAGCUCUUCGGCCACCAGCUACAGCUCCGAGUUCAGCAAGCGGCUGCUAAGCACCUAUAUCUGUAAAGUGCUGGGCAACCUGCAGCUGAACUUGCUGAGCAAGUCCAAGGUGUACGAGGACCCAGCUCUGAGCGCCAUCUUCCUGCACAACAACUACAAUUACAUCCUCAAGUCCCUGGAGAAGUCCGAACUCAUCCAGCUGGUGGCAGUGACACAGAAGACUGCUGAGCGCUCCUACCGGGAGCACAUUGAGCAGCAGAUCCAGACCUACCAGCGCAGCUGGUUAAAGGUGACCGAUUACAUCGCAGAGAAGAAUCUACCUGUGUUCCAGCCAGGAGUCAAGCUCCGGGACAAGGAGCGGCAGGUUAUCAAGGAGCGUUUUAAGGGCUUCAAUGAUGGCCUCGAAGAACUGUGCAAAAUCCAGAAGGCCUGGGCUAUUCCAGACACAGAGCAGAGGGACAGGAUUCGCCAGGCCCAGAAGACCAUUGUCAAGGAGACCUACGGGGCCUUUCUACAGAAGUUCGGCAGCGUGCCCUUCACCAAGAACCCGGAGAAGUACAUCAAAUACGGGGUGGAGCAGGUGGGCGACAUGAUCGAUCGCCUUUUCGACACCUCUGCCUGAGCCUGCUGCUAGCCCUGCCUGGUUCCACCAGACUGGCGUGUCAUUGGACAGAUAAACCAGUGUUAACUUGC